CUUGGUACCUUCGCGCUCCCCGCACUUCUGCAGCUGCUCUGCCGCUUCCCUUCCCCGGGGACCCCUCUCCCUUCACGCAGUGGCCUGACGCCUACAGCAGCCUCCCGCCCCGUCCGGGCACCUCCGCGAGGAGCCCAGGCUCAACCUAUCCCUGCCUGAGCCGCAGGUCUCGCCGCUCGGUGUGCCUGGUGCUUGGCCGCUUUCGGGGAAACUGCUCCUCCAGCCAGGGUGAAUCCUCACACCGCGCCCUCCCUCCAUCCUGCCUAUUAUUCCCGCGGCUUCCUCUCCGCCCGCGCAGCUCGACCGCCCCACGUUCCCCACUUGGAGUUCUCCCCCCGCCCCGCUUCCUUCCUCGGCUCCGCUAGCCCGCCCCCACAAUGGGUGAGUCGCCUGCCGGGCCGACCCUGCAUCUUGAUUGGCGCAGGUGAGAGCUGACCCCUCCCUUCCUCUUCUUUCCGUGCACCCUCUCUCUUUUUCUCACCGCCUCCCGCACAGACAGGGAACUCUCCUACUAUUGGCUAAAAGUGUCCCCACCCAUCGCCUAAGGCUCCACCGCAUGGCUUGACGGGAAUUGUAGUCUUGCAUGUGCAGGAAUUGCCGACAACACCGGCGAAUGGGACUACGAGUCCCCAUAGGCCCCUGCGCGACUCCGGCAGGGCAGGAUUCCGGACAACGCCUGGUUCCUCUCGGGUCCUUCCGGCGUCGCCGGAGUGAAUUGAUCUGGGAGUUGAAGAGGGCUCCAAAGGUGGCAAGUGAAGUCAUUGCCUCAGUUGCCGGUCAGCAUAUGUUUUGUGCCCUGUUCUUUUAUCACAAAAAAGAGAAGAAAGGCUGCAGUGAAUGAAGAUUCCUCUGCAUUUUAGCACUGCUUUUUCUACUGUAGUUGGCUUUUGAAUGAGGAUGACAAUGGAAGAGAUGAAGAAUGAAGCUGAGACCACUUCCAUGGUUUCUAUGCCCCUCUAUGCAGUCAUGUAUCCUGUGUUUAAUGAGCUAGAACGAGUAAAUCUGUCUGCAGCUCAGACACUGAGAGCGGCUUUCAUUAAGGCUGAAAAAGAAAAUCCAGGACUCACACAAGACAUCAUUAUGAAAAUUUUAGAGAAAAAAAGUGUAGAAGUCAACUUCACAGAGUCUCUUCUUCGAAUGGCAGCUGAUGAUGUAGAAGAGUAUAUGAUUGAACGACCGGAGCCAGAAUUCCAGGACCUAAACGAAAAGGCACGAGCACUUAAACAAAUUCUCAGUAAGAUCCCAGAUGAGAUCAAUGACAGAGUGAGGUUUCUGCAGACAAUCAAGGAUAUAGCUAGCGCAAUAAAAGAACUUCUUGAUACAGUGAACAGUGUCUUCAAGAAAUAUCAAUACCAGAACCGCAGGGCACUUGAACACCAAAAGAAAGAAUUUGUAAAGUACUCCAAAAGUUUCAGUGAUACUCUGAAAACCUAUUUUAAAGAUGGCAAGGCAAUAAAUGUGUUCAUAAGUGCCAACCGACUAAUUCAUCAAACCAACUUGAUACUUCAGACCUUCAAAACUGUGGCCUGAAAGUUGUAUAUGUUAAGAGAUGUACUUCUCAGUGGCAGUAUUGGACUGCCUUUAUCUGUAAAUUUAAAAGUUUGACUGUAUAAAUUAUCAGUCCCUCCUGAAGGGAUCUAAUAAUCCAGGAUGUUGAAUGGGAUUAUUGCCAUCUUACACCAUAUUUUUGUAAAAUGUAGCUUAAUCAUAAUCUCACACUGAAGAUUUUGCAUCACUUUUGCUAUUAUCAUUCUUUUAAGAAUUAUAAGCCAAAAGAAUUUACGCCUUAAUGUGUCAUUAUAUAACAUUCCUUAAAAGAAUUGUAAAUAUUGGUGUUUGUUUCUGACAUUUUAACUUGAAAGCGAUAUGCUGCAAGAUAAUGUAUUUAACAAUAUUUGGUGGCAAAUAUUCAAUAAAUAGUUUACAUCUGUUAAACAUUUCUUUACUUGAAAAAAUGCAUAUAUAUAUGUGAAUAUAUAUAUGAUCAAAAGACCAAGACGACUUGGUGUAAUGUGUAAAGAACUUCUAACGGGAGCUUAUUAGCAGUUUAUCAGAUAAUAAAGCAACAAGAAUUCCUAUUUUUUUUGUCCUU